CUCUCCAGCCAUGGCGGAGUCGGCGGCCACGCAGUCCCCGUCCGUGUCGUCGUCGUCGUCGCUGUCGUCCGGGCCCGAAGCCGCGUCCGCGGGGAGCCCCGGGGGCUGCCCCGCCCUGGGCCCCAAGAGCUGCGGGUCCUCGUGUGCGGAUUCCUUUGUUUCUUCCUCUUCCUCUCAGCCUGUAUCUCUAUUUUCGACCUCACAAGAAGGAUUGAGUUCUCUUUGCUCUGAUGAGCUACCUUCAGAAAUUAUGGCUUCCGCCCAUUUUUCAUCUGAAAUACAUAAAACUGACCAUACAGCAGUGCUGGGAGCAAAAAGCAAAAUGUUAGGCAGCCAGCCCCCUUUAGCAAAGGAGGGAAAAGACUGUGUGGCUCUUCUAGAUGUACAAAGGAUGGAAAAUCCUCAGGAGACCAGUAAAGACAUCGUAGACUCAUCAGUUUCUAUUGUAGCAGAAGUUCCUUGUCACCAUCCUUCCAAUCCACCCAAUCCCCCAGAUUUUGCUGCUUUAGAAAAAAGGAAGGAAGCGGGUCAAAUGGAGCAACAUAUAAAUAAGGAUCAAGAAUCCAAGAAUCCAAAUGAAGUACUGAGUAGGGGUGAUACAACUCCAUUGGUUGCUGAUGACAGGUUUACUUUGCUCCCAGUCCAGAAACCACCCACUGAGCUGUCUAAGGCCACAGGAAUUUGUUCAUAUUCCUUGUCCCCAUCUGAAGUUACAGGAAGUAGUGUUUUUGAAAAAGACUCCCCUGAAUCACCAUUUGAAGUAAUUAUUGACAAGGCAACAUUUGACAAAGAAUUUAAAGACUCCUAUAAGGAGAGCGCAAAUGACUUCGGUAGCUGGGCAGUGCACACCGACGGAGAAUCAUCUGCAGACAUUUUGGAGUCGAAUGACAAAGUGUUUCCACUGAGAAGUAAGGAGGUAGGGCGUUACCCAGCCUCUGCACUGCGCUCCAGACAGUUUUCUCACACUAAUGCAGCGUUGGAAGAGGUGUCUAGGUGCGUGAAUGAUAUGCAUAACUUUACUAAUGAAAUAUUGACGUGGGAUUUAGUUCCUCAAGUGAAACAACAAAAUGAUAAAUCAGACCACACCACAAAAGCUGCAGGACUCGACAUGAGCGGCUAUGAUUCAGAAAUUCCAGUCAUAAACCUUAAAGCUAACACUCAUCAGAAAAUUCCUGUCUGUUCUAUUAAUGGGAGCACUUCUCCCACUGCAUCUCCAGGUGACUGGGGAAAGGCACCUGUCACUAAAGAAAAUACAAUCAUUAAAAAAUCUAUGGCAGACACUCCCAGAUGCACAAAGGAAGUCAGCACAAGCACACCAGGUAUCAUCUCUAAGCAAGAUGACAUACUUUCAGAGUCCUCAGAUGCGUCAUUAGAAAAAUACACGUCUUUGGAUUCUGGAGUGAGUGCAGCGAAAGUGGUUUUGCCUGGUGACCACAUGAAGGGUGAAAUGCCCUGGCAAGACCCUGGUGUGGGAGAAGUGGCAGAGGCUGAUAGUUCUGGUGAAUCUGAUGACACAGUAAUAGAGGACAUCACAAUCGAUACAGCAUUUGAAAAUAACAAAAUUGAGACUGAGAAAUCUCCCGUUCCAUGUGCUGUUUUGAAAACUGAUGAAAAGGAAGUCAAAGAGAGCCUCACUUAUAAUAAAGAAAGCAAAACAUCAAAAAUUUCAGGCUUUGUCAGUUCCUCUGGCAAAAUAGCAUGUUCACAAGCAUCUGAUAAGAAUGUCCAGCCAGAAGAUGUGGAGCAGCCAGUUAAAACGGAGAACCCUAAACUGCCUUCAGCAGCAUCCCCAAGUGGUUUUGAUGAGACAGAAUCCCCACUACAUGUGAAAUCCUCUGCCUAUUUGGAGUUAUUACAUGAUGACAGUAUUAAAGAUAUAGAUGAUUCUUCCCCAGAAGACCUAAUAGCAGCUUUUACAGAAGACAGAGAGAAAGUAAUUGUAGAUCAAAGUGAAGCCAUAGCAACGAAGACUACAAACAUUAAGACAAGUGAACACGAAGCACGUGAUUCUGAAAUCAAAGAUUUGAAAUGUGAAGGCUUUGAACAAAGUAAAGAAAAAAAGGCAAGUACGUUUCAGGGAGUUUAUCCUGACCAAGAUAUCCCAGUUGCAUCACUUGAUUUAGAGCAGGAACAGCUCACAAUCCAGGCCCUUAAAGAGCUGAGCGAGAGGCAAGUGGAGAAGUCUGCUUCUGCACAGCACACCAUUGGAUCUCCUGAAGAACCAUUCAAGCCAACUGACACUUUCGCUCCAGAAUCAUCUUCAUCACAGAGAUCAUGUGAUGCCUUAGAACACACAGGUGUCAGAACUGGAUCUGACCCCGGGGUUUCUAAGAACCCCACUGUUGUCAAAGAAACUACUAGGGUAGAUACUAUUUCCGGCCUUAGCAAGACUGACCUGGUAAAAGAACAUAUUCUAGGAAGACUUCUGACAGACAUCUCAGUGCACGAUCUGAUUUUCUGGCGAGAUGUGAAGAAGACAGGGUUUGUCUUUGGCACCACGCUGAUCGUGCUGCUCUCCUUGGCAGCUUUCAGCGUCAUCAGUGUGGUUUCUUACCUCAUCCUGGCUCUUCUCUCUGUCACCAUCAGCUUCAGGGUCUACAAGUCUGUCAUCCAAGCUGUGCAGAAGUCAGAAGAAGGCCAUCCAUUCAAAGCAUACCUGGAUGUGGACAUCACUCUUUCCUCAGAAGCCUUCCAUAAUUAUAUGAAUGCCGCCAUGGUUCACAUCAACAAGGCCCUGAAACUUGUCAUUCGGCUCUUUCUGGUGGAAGAUCUGGUGGACUCCUUGAAGCUGGCUGUCUUCAUGUGGCUGAUGACCUACGUGGGUGCCGUUUUCAAUGGAAUCACUCUUCUGAUUCUUGCUGAUCUGCUCGUUUUCAGUGUUCCAAUUGUCUAUGAGAAGUACAAGACCCAGAUUGAUCACUAUGUUGGCAUUAUCCGUGAUCAGACCAAGUCGAUUGUUGAAAAGAUCCAAGCAAAACUCCCUGGAAUUGCCAAAAAGAAGGCAGAAUAAGUCCACGGAAAACAGAAAUGCAACAGUUACUAAAACACCAUUUAAUAGUUUUAAUGUUGUUACUUGUACUCUGAAGGAAGUGCUCAGUGUCAGCUUGAGCCUGUGUUCUACGCUUUCUAUUUUAAUUUGGUGUUUCUCCCCUCUUUCCCCUUUACUCCCACUAUCAAGCACAAGAAUUGCUGGACUAAAAACAAACAAAAAAAAAGAAGUGAUACCUUAGAACUAAAAAGAAUAAAGAGAAAAUCAAGUUGAUAGAAUAAAUCAAUACCCUAAUGGUGGUGGAGCUUUGACCUGGUAGCUUGAAAGGGGGAAGAUUGGAGGCCAGGGAGAAAACGCGAGGUAAGAACUUGAGAGACUGGGUUCUUCUAUUCAGUUCUCAAAAUGACUAGUCUUAUAAAGCUUCCCUUCAGUUUUUUUCUUAUUUUUUUAUGCUUAAGAAUAAUUAUUAAUUUAUGAAGAAAUUGGGGACAAGAAUGAGGGUCCUUCCAUGGGUUUUAUUUGUUGGGUUUUUUUUUUUUUUUUUUUGGUGCGGCCCUUUUGAUCUCCUUCCUGUCCCGCAAUGUGAGCAGCUACUCCUCAAGUUCCCCUUCUCGAGAUAACUCUGAAUAAUCGUAGGUGAUAGUGAUGAUUCCUGGUUCCCUAGUGGGGCUGGACAGGGAGUCGGGCCCAGGCUCCCUCCUGCAGGACAGGCUCCACCACGGGCAAGGUGGCAGCUGGGCGAUCCUCUCGGGCACUAGUUCUGAGCUUUAGUUUGCCGACUGGCUCCUGAAUGUGCUUUCCUCCCUCCUCCCUCCCCACUUCGCCUCACGUCCAGGUUAAUAAUAUGGUUAUCCUUUUCGCAUUAUGAACUAAAUGUCUGUAACUGCUGUAACUUGUUAGAGAACAAAAUAAUAAUCUGCAUGUGGACUCCUCAGUUAUUGAGUUCUUGUGAUCCUAUCUCAGUCUGGGGGGUGAGCUCCAGAAACUCAACAAAGGCCGCUUCCCUUUUCCUGCUUCCUUCCCCUAGCUUCCUCCUGGGCCCAGGCCACCCUAACCUGCGCUCCUCCUUGGCCCCGACACCGCUCCCGCAGAGCAGCUGCCUUGAGAUUGUGUGUCUGUGGUAGUGUCGGGAAAUGUAUUUUGGGAUUUUGGCUUCGAGGCUAACGAACUCCUAGUUGUCUUUUUCACGGUGCCUUUCCUUUCCAGACGCACCCUUGGAGAGUGUUACUCCAAGUCUUAGAUGAAGGUACCAGGCAGGGCCCCGUUACAUUGUUGGGCUCCAAGCACUUAAAAGACAGCAGAACAGCUCCCACUGACAUGAAGAGACCGCCUGAAACCUGUGAGACCCUUGUAUGUGUCUUCCUCCCCUUCCUACUGGAAGGAGCCUCAGUAAACUUCAAAGAAAAAGGUGCAGUUGGUUCCUUCUGCUCUUAACUCCUCACCCCUAGAAGGGAUCCAAGGGCUCAGGUGACUCAACAGGCUUGGAAGUGGACAAGGACAUGCGACCUUUCUGGGGGAAUUUCUUAGGAAUUUAGAUGGGCGGAAGGUGGUCUCACUCAAAAUUUUCUCUUUGCUGCUCUCCCCUCUUUUUUUAAUUCAAAGCUGACUUAUUGUCUGCGUAGGACCCACAUCCUGUACCCGCUUCCUCUGCUCUCCCGGGAAGCCAGGGCUCGGCCUUUCCCUCCAAGGACUUUUCUGCACCAAUGCCUCCUCACCUCGUUCUCUUGUUUUGUUUCUGCUGUGUUUAGAUAAUUCGACAAAUCUGUGCCACACAAGGAAAAAAAUUUUUUUAAAGAAAAGCCUAUAGACGAAAAAUUGCUAAUGAAACUCGUGUGCGUGUGUGUGUGCAACAUAAAAUACAGUAGCGCCUAUGGAGCUUGAAUCUUGGUUCCUGUAAAACUGAAAAUUGAUGUAUUAAUAAAAACCAGGAAAAAUA